AUGACUCGGCUAGAUAUUGCUUUUGCAGUAAACAUUGUAAGCCAGUUCAUGUCUGCACCUACGGUGAAACUUUGGGCCACUCUAGAAAAAAUUCUAUGUUAUCUAAAAGGGACUUCUGGACUCGGUAUACUCUACAGAGAUCAUGGGCAUACUGCAUUUGAGUAUUUUUCUGAUGUUGACUGGGCAAGAUCCAUAAAUGAUAGAAAGUCGACUACAUACUACUGUAUAUUUAUUGGAGGAAAUCUAGUAUUUUGGAAAAAUAAGAAGCAAAAUGUGAUAUCCAGAUCCAAUGCUGAGUUAGAAUAG